AUGAUUCGGAUGACUCCAUUGACUGGGGUAGUGAUUCGGAGUCCGAAUCCGAAUCUUCGGACGAUGAGAACCAAUAUCAAAAUAUGCGUGAGCGCUUCUUGAAGCGCCCUACCGGCGAGAGGGAGGAAAAAGAGGAUCGGGAAGAUCGCAAGAAGGAAAAACGUGCUAAGGAGGCCAAAUUGCGUCGCAAGCGUGUCGAGGAAGAUGCUGAUGAGGAAGGUGAAUGGGAAACUGUCUUCCCUCACACAGUUGAGAAGCCGAAGAUGUUCGACAAAGAUGCCGAAAUCGAUGUGCCCCUGACGCUGCAGAAAUUGUCCGAGAUUAUGGCUGCACGCGGCAAAAGGCGCACCGAUCGUCGCAUGCAAAUCGAGCUGCUUUUCGAAUUGCGCGACAUAGCCGAGCAACACGAGCUCGGUAAUGCCGUUGCUGUGAAGAUUCACUUCAGUAUCAUUUCGGCCAUUUUCGACUAUAACCAGAAAAUCUCCGAACCCAUGAAAUUGGAACAUUGGAGCAAAUUGCUUGAUGUUAUGCAGAGCAUGAUGAAGAUUUUGUUGGCCAACGACGACAUUCGCAUGAGCGAGGAGGUGCAAGAGGAGAACGAGGAAUUUAGCAAUCCACCGUAUGCAAUACGCGGCUGCUCACUUGCAGCUGUUGAGCGUCUAGACGACGAGUUCACCAAGCUUUUAAAGGAAUGUGACCCACACACCAAUGACUACGUUUCGCGCUUAAAGGACGAGGUUGUAGUAACUCGCAUCAUCGAGUCUGUUCUGGAGUAUUUCGAGCGCGUUGGGAAUAAUAACGAGCGCUGCCGCGUUUAUCUGCGCAAAAUUGAGCAUUUGUACUACAAGUUUGAUCCUGAAGUGCUUAAGAAGAAGCGCGGCGAGCUGCCACCAACAACUGUCACCUCAGUUGAUAUCAUGGACCGGCUCUGUAAGUUCAUCUACACCAACGACGACACUGACCGCAUACGUACACGCGCUAUACUGGCGCACAUCUAUCACCACGCUAUGCACGACAAUUGGUUCCAGGCUCGUGACUUGGUCCUUAUGUCGCACUUGCAAGACACCAUCGAUGCGGCAGAUCCAUCGACGCGCAUCCUUUAUAAUCGCAUGAUGGCCAACUUGGGCCUGUGUGCUUUUCGGCAGGAGAAUAUCAAGGAUGCACAUCAUUGUUUGGUCGAUUUGAUGGUGACCGGCAAGCCGAAGGAGUUGUUGGCACAGGGUUUGCUCCCACAGCGACAGCACGAACGCUCCGCCGAGCAGGAGAAAAUCGAAAAACAGCGUCAAAUGCCAUUCCAUAUGCACAUUAACUUAGAGCUGCUCGAAUGCGUUUAUUUGGUAUCGGCUAUGCUGCUGGAAAUUCCCUAUAUUGCUGCACACGAGUUCGAUGCACGCCGCCGCAUGAUUAGCAAAACCUUCUAUCAGCAACUACGUUCUUCCGAGCGCCAAUCGCUCGUAGGGCCACCCGAGUCGAUGCGUGAGCAUGUCGUCGCAGCCGCCAAGGCAAUGCGUUGCGGCAACUGGAACGCCUGCGCCAAUUUCAUAGUCAACAAGAAAAUGAAUACCAAGGUGUGGGACCUGUUCUAUGAGGCCGAACGUGUGCGUGAUAUGCUGGUGAAAUUCAUCAAGGAAGAGUCGCUGCGCACAUAUCUCUUCACCUACUCCAACGUCUACACCUCGCUGAGCAUCCCUUCGCUGGCGCAAAUGUACGAGCUGCCAGUGCAGAAGGUGCACUCGCUUAUCAGCAAGAUGAUCAUCAAUGAAGAGCUAAUGGCCAGCUUGGACGACCCAUCCGAAACUGUGGUCAUGCACCGCUCGGAACCGUCGCGUCUGCAGGCACUUGCUAUGCAGUUUGUAGACAAGGUCACCAAUUUGGUCGAUGUAAACGAGAAGGUCUUCGACAUGAAACAGGGUAACUUCUUCCAACGUGGCAACAUGGGAAAUCGCGAACGUGGCUACAACCGCAACCAGAACAACCAGGGCGGCAACUGGGGCGGGCAGCGUCGCGAUAACCGCAACCAGCGUAAUCGCAACCAACGCAAUCAGCAUCAUCAUAAUAAGCAACAACAUCAGCAACAGCAGCAGCAACAACACCACGAUCAGCAAAUUCAACAGCAACAUAUUAUCGAGGAGUAAGGCGUUGCGCAUCAGCGGUACACCCGUGACUCGGCAAGCAGGCAGUGAAGUAGAACAAAUCAGCAAUAAAUAAAUUAUUUAUAAUAUAAAUUUAAAUGAUGCGAACAGAUGUGAAAGGCGUAGGAAGUAGCAAAAAAGAAAACAGCGGCGUGUACUGCUGUUGGCGCACUCCCGCGUCAUUGCGUUGUGCAAACUUGCGUGAAUAGGGGUGGGAGUGCGCCAUAUCAAUUUUUUCGAGACGGAAGGCUCAUUAUGUCUACAUAUAUGUUUUAAAAUAUUUUUUACCCGAUGCAGAAUUGCAUUUUAAGUAAAUGAAUUUGUUUCUCCCUUGGUAACAUGCUAAAUUUGAGUAUUUAAGAUUAACUGCUUGUAUUGUAAAAUCAAAUAAAUCAAUAAUCCAAUGACAUCCAUAUUAUUAUCGACUUGCGAAUAUGUAUAUCUAUAUUACUAUUGUAUGUAGAAAAGAAUUGUACGAAUACCAGAUAAUGAAAAUAAUCAUUUGCAAAAAGAAAUUAAAUACAACAACGGAAAGCGCAAUA